AUGGAUAAAAAGAACAUGUCAACAUUAUCAUGUAAAUUAUGUUUACAUGGUCCAACCAUUUGCAAUGGUUGUAAAGGAAUUUAUUGUGAAGAACAUUAUAUUGAACAUCGACAGAAUCUUGGAACAAAGUUAGAGCGUAUUAUCAGCGAUCAUGAUAUUUUACUUGAUAGAUUAACGACUCAUGCGAACGAUAAUGAUCGACAUCGUAUUUAUAAUGACAUUGAUGAAUGGAAACAAAAUAAUAUAUUUAAUAAAACGCAUGAAAAACUUAAACAUACAACAAAUGAUAUUCGCGAGAAAAAAACAACAAAAACUUAUUUAGAACAAGAUCUUGAACAAUGGUCAAAUCAAAUUCAGAAAUUAAAAGAUAGUAUUGAACUGUUAACAAUUAAAAGCAAUGAUGAUUAG